GCCCAUACGAAAAAUUCAUUAAAAGCCGAAAGAAGCCCGACAGUGGUUCUCUGAUUCUCUCUCUCUCUCUCUCUCUGUCCAUGUGGAAAUGGCGGUUCUGACGAGAUCAAUUGCCCACACAUUCCAAUUCCCUCUCCCGGCAACCCCAGCAAGAUUCACAAACAUGGCCCCCCCUACUACUAACAUCCGCAGCAGAGCAUCCGCAGUCUCUUUCUCCGACAACACAGCAGCACCGGUGAGCAGUAGGAAGCUGCCCGUGUUGCUCUUCGACAUCAUGGACACAAUCGUGCGGGACCCCUUCUACGAGGAUAUCCCUGCUUUCUUUGGAAUGUCUCUCAAGGAGCUGAUAGGAUGCAAGCACCCGACUUCUUGGAUCGAGUUCGAGAAGGGAUUGAUCGAUGAGGUGGAGCUAGCUCAGAACUUUUUUAAAGAUGGGAGGCCUUUUGACUUGGAAGGCCUUAAAACAUGCAUGAGAAAUGGUUACUCCUACAUUGAUGGAGUUGAAGAACUCCUCCAUGAUCUAAGGGAAUCCCACUACAAGAUGCAUGCUUUUACAAACUAUCCAGUCUGGUAUCAAAUAAUUGAGGACAAGUUGCGAAUCUCGAAAUUCUUAUCUUGGACAUUUUGUUCCUGCAAACUUGGAAAAAGGAAGCCUGACCCUAAUUUCUACACAGAUGUUGUUAGACAUCUUGAAGUUGACCCAAGUGACUGCAUUUUCGUGGAUGACAGGUUGAAAAAUGUUGAGGCUGCUUUGGAAGUUGGUAUUGUAGGUCUACAAUUCAAGAGUGUGGAUCAGUUGCGAAAAGAUCUCUGUCUGUUGGGGAUCGAUAUUCCAAUGAAGGAUAAGCUUGUUGUGGAAGAAAGGGCACCUUAACUCCUGGUCUCAGUGUCUUGACAAACAAUAAGUACCAGAAUUCAAUUAUGGUUCAAUGUGAAAAUUGUAUAUGUUCAAUGUAGUUGGACUUGCUGCUCUGUUCACUGCAGGAUUAUACCCUACAUUGGUUCUGUUUCAUGAGCCAUGUUUGUUUAUUGAGCUCCUUCGGGGCCAUAUAUUGGCUUUCAUCUAUUCCUCUUGCUGCUUUUGAAA